AUGUCAGCAUCCGCUUCGACCUCGAGGCAAACGCGAGCCUCCAUCGCCGCACCUGCCUUCGUCUCCGCAUCCGCUGCUGCCUCUGGCACACGCGCUCGCGACACGUCCAGACGGCGCACCACCACCGGUCUUUCUAGGCAUCGACCUGAUCCGAUAGCGACCGACUCGUCCGAUCUCGACUACCAGGACUUCUCAGACAGGCGCCUCUCACUCAGCAAGGCUCGGGCGCCUCUCGAUGACACAGACGACGCUAUCAGCGAAGAGGAUGUUGUGCAAGAGGCUUUAGACGAGUUGCUGGUCCUAGAGCAGCUUACCCCGCGUCCAAACCGCCGCAUCCGCAUCGAAACAGCUGGCAUCGAUACAACCCAGAGUGCACUUGAUCGCUUCCGCGCACAAGACCAACGAGGCAAAAGACCUGCGAGAGCAUCGAUUGCAGGGCCUCCCCCUACCAGCCGCACCCUCAGCUACGGAAGCGCAUUGAACCGCCCACGAGCGUCGGUAGGAACUAGACAAAGAGCACCUCUGGCUCGAAUCGCUGAUCCUGAACGAGAUUUGCGCACCAUGUUUCCAGCAAGCAGCGACAAGUCUGCUGCGGCCACUAUGUCGCGUGGCAGUCGACGUCCCAAUGCAAGCGCACCUCACUAUUACGACGAGUCGGUGGCCGCAGAAUCUAUCGCCAACAUCAGCGUUGCUCGUCCAGGUCAGCGGCUGCGUCCGUCGCUCGCUCAUCCGGACGGAAGGCUGGACAUUCCCACCCUCGAAGAGCGCUGUGCCGCGCUGAUCAUUAACGCCAAGGGUGUCCUACACUUCUACAUGAGCCUGUACGACGACAUGUGGCAGCCAGAGUCCUUUGACGAAAUGCUUCGCAAUUGGACGCCUUUCGAAUCGUACAAGACCAAUCAGCUGCUCGCCGAAGCUCAGUACAUGCAUCACUUCAUCGACAUCGACGAGGUCACCCGAUCACUACGCCGCGAAUCGGGCCAAUCGCCCCCAGAGGGGUUCGAAGAAGCCAUGAAGAUGGCCAACUGCGCCACCUUUGUCCACUACAUCCACCAGCUCCCCACGGACCCUUCGCAGUACGGACGCGCUAGAGGCCAACAUAUCACAGGCGACGAUGUCGUUCGUGCCCCAUUCCGCAACAUCCGUGAACUCAGCGAUGCUCGUCGCGUUUUCUUACGAUGGAUAUUGCCCACUACGUCCGACAUCACUGACGAGAUCCUCAACAUGCUCCUCGAUAUCAGCAUUCAGAUCUAUAUCCAUCGACUCGAGCGUAUCGUGGAAGCGGUCUUUGCUGGUCAGAUGGCCGAAGACGUCGGACGCACCGCCAUCUCGGAUCACCUCAUCGACCUUAUGAGCGGCGACAUUGUGCGGCAUUCGCUUGGUCGGGUCAAAAGGCAGCGCAGAAUGUCAAGAGCCGAUAUCGAGCGCAUGGUCCAGCGAUACGAGACGUUUGCCAACGUGCGGCAGAUCGAGCUGCAAAAUAUGCAGUUUGACUACGAUGCCAUGCGGGAAACCUUUUCGUUCCAGAAUAUGGCGGCCGACCUCACGGGAUAUGUAAGGGAUGUGGUGAGGGAGGUCGAUGAUGGCAUGCAUUCGACGUCGCUGCCACCGAUCAUCGACCGACUCGCACGCGAAUCGAGCGUUUUCAGUGCAUCAGACGUUCCCGACAUCAUCCCACCUUCUAGCUCCAUCGUUGGCGGCAAGUACGAUGAGUCUUCUAGCGCGAUUGCUGGACCGAGUCAGUCGACACCGAAAAGAGCAAGGUCCACCCAAGCCUCACAACCCUAUGCUGCUCACUACGCCGGCUGGCUUGACGAGAUGCUCGACGAAGACGACUCGCAGCCCAACACUCAGCGUAGGAGACCGGCACAGGUGCUGCCGAGUGGUAAUGCGGUGGUCGAGUUGACCGACACGCAGAAGCUGCGCGAACUCGACGUCAUGUCUUCCACCGACGGCGAAGGCGCCGCUCCGAGCAUCGGCGUCGAUUCCGACGUCGCUUCAAGUCCCCCCCGCGAUAAUAGGCUAGGAGCACGCAUCUCCGCAGCAAUCAACAGCUCGGGCCGCCCCGCGACGCACAGCCGACGUCAGCCGUCGGAUGUUGGCGAGCCAUCUGAAAGCAGCGAUGCGAAUGGUGCGCUGGAACCGCUUCGACAUCGAGAUGGGCCUUUCGACUCACCAGCGAAGGAGAAAGCAGGCAGAUUGGGCUUCGAUAGUCAGAAUCGUCUGGUGAGGCGCAAUUCAGACGGUAGUCGCAAGAAUCAGCGUCUUCUCGACGGAUCAGCCGCAGGAGUGCGGGAGUCGCGCUUCGAUUCCCAAGGCGAGGAAGAAGAGGACGUCUUCCUCGAGAAUGCUGCUCGUGGCGGAAAGCGCAGCAGAAGAAAGGGCAAGGGAAAGGGAAAGGCGAAGGAGCCAGUAGCAUUGGCAGACGCCGAGACCGAGGGGCAGGGCACACCGAGGCCCAGACGCAAUCUGCGAUCGAAUGCUGGACGACAACCUACCGGGACCAUCGAAGAUUUGGCCGUCGAAAGCGAGCAGGUUGCGAGCAAAACGGGCUCGCGUGGCAUGUCUCGACAAUUGCAGCUGAAGCAAGAGUCCCUCAGUCCGGCCAAGCGCCGAACCGAGCAGCGUGCAGAGGAGGGUGCGAAGGAGCAGCAGCGAAGCCGACGCGUGACUCUCGCCGAUCCACCGGCGGAAGUGCAGGCAGGACCGUCCAGAGUGACCCGUUCGAGAGCUGCACGAGCAAACAAUGGCGAUGGAAGAGCGACUGGUCUUGGACGAGGUCUUCCGGAUGGCGAAGAUGCUAGGUCGCAAGCUCGGAUCCUUUCCACAACUUCGGGGCGGCUGCAUGAAGAAGGCGAUUCCAGCGAUGAGGAUCAAGACGAGGGUGGCAAUGAGACGGUCAGGAACAGGAUCGAAGGUGUUCAAAGCGAACUUGGAGCGACAAGAGCCACACCGGAUGAGGACUUCAUCGGCGACGAUGACGAAGCCAUUCUGCGACGGCGAGCAGCUAUGGACGCUGCCAUCGCUGCGCGAAAGCCUCGACCUGGCACGCUGCACUUUUACCGACCGGAAGCGGACGAUGAUGCGAUGCCGCUCGUUGGACUAGAUGACGAGCCGCUAGCGGAUGGCGAGAAUGUCGAUGCGAUCGCCAUGCGCGACGCUGAUGCAGUUGCAGAGAUCCUCCGUUCGAGCAACACGGUUCCUUCGCGUCGCAUCGGACCGUAUCGACCCGAGAACGGACGCAGACGUCGACCACGAGAGGAGGCCGAUCCCGCUCUUGUUGACCGCUACUCUCAAGAGAUCGACGAGCUCGAAGACGACCAAGCUGCCGAACCUGGUAGUCGUCGACAUGGACGACGCGCCAACACACACACGGCACCUCUCGGCCAAGCCGUCCGGGUGGAGCCGUACAAACGAUCCAACCUGUACAUCACAGGACACAACAUGACCGGACGAUCAAGAUGGACCGAUGCGGAAACGGAAUGCCUCCUCACAUCCUUGCACGAGCUAGCACGCUACAAGAAAGUAUCGCCCAAGUUCACAGUCUACACCGAGAUCCUCAAGCGUCACGGUGUCAAUGGAACGCGCUCAAAGGUGCUAGCCAGGUGGAACAACGUUCAGCUGAAAGAUAAGUCGAGGAACGAGCUGAUGAGGAUGAAGAGGGAGGGCAUGAGGAUACCGUAUUGGAAGAGGCUGUUGCACGCGAAUAUUUGGAAGCCCAAGCCGGUGGUGGUGGAGAGGGGCAGGAGGGACGAGACGGAGGAUGUGCCGGAUGUGGGGUCUGAUGCCGAGGUUCCGGGCGAGAGCGAGGCUGGGGAUGUGGGCGAUCCGAUCGUGGAGGAUCGAGAUGAUGCGGAUGCGGAUGGUGUAGAGGUGGUGAUUGGAGAGUUGGAGUCGGUGGAAGACGGGGUGCAGCGAUCUUCCAAUCCGCUUCGGAACGAAGAUUAA